AUGUCUUCAUCAUCUGUGGCUAGGAGUGGGGAAUGGGUAACCCCUAAGAAGAUAAGGGGAGGUAACAGGUUAAUGGUAGCUGCAUCAACUCAAUCCGAAAAUUCAUUUAGUGUGUUACAGGCUGAAGUGGAGAAUGUGAACAAAGUUCACAUUUUGGAGGAAAGCGCUCAGUUUGUGCAUUGUACAGUUAAAGUUUUCGGUCAGACUCAGGAGUUCUGUUUGACGAUUGUGUAUGACUUUAACACCAUUGAGGAAAGAAGAGUUUUAUGGACUAAUUUGGCUAAGUUAACUUUCCUUGUUCAACCUUGGAUAAUGAUGAGUGACUUUAAUUCUAUCUUUUAUUUUGAUGAUAGGAUGGGAGGUCGAGGUAUUAUUGAAAAGGAAAUGGAGAUGGGUUAUGAUGUAGUCAAAGAUCAAUACCAAAGAGCUCAAUUAAAAUUGCAGCUCAAUCCUUCUAUAACUGUUUUGCGGCAGGAGGCUCAAAUUAACUAUAUUCAUCAUGCCAAAGUAUAUGAAAGUUUUCUUAGACAGAAAAGUAAGCAAGUUAUCGAGUUUCGUCCUAGAUUGGAUUUGGACAAACAAAUUGGCCUAGUUAAGCCGUUUACUACAAAGGAUGUUAAAACUGCUUUGUUUAAUUUCCACUCUCAUAAGAGUCCUGGGCUGGAUAGAUUUGGUUCAGCCUUAUUUAAAGCUUUAUGGAAAGAUAUAGGUGAAGAAACGCCCAUAGCAGUGUUGAAUUUCUUUGAAACAUGUCAUAUUUUUGCUAUUCUUAAUAGUACAUUGCUUUAUCCAAUUCCUAAGGUUGAUAGGCCAACCAAAGCAGUGGAUUACCGUCCUAUAGCUUGUUGCAAUACACUGUACAAGUGCAUUUUUAAAAUGCUUUGUUCUAGGCUUUUUGAGGUUUUUUCGUUUAUGAUAAAUAAUAAUCAAGGUGCUUUCAUUAAGAAAAGAUACAUUACUCACAACUUACUUAUUUUGCAAGAUCUUAUUAGAGGGUAUAACAUGAAGGGUAUCUCGUCUAGACGUGUGAUGAAAAUUGAUCUUAGUAAGGCCUUUGAUACUAUUGACUAG